CUGCUGCCGCCUCCUGUCCAUAUCACUCUUGGAGCACUGACUGGUUGUUUCCAUAACCAAUCCGAGUGCUCCAAGAGCAUUAUGGAGAGACAGACAGAUGGACUAAGCCCUUUAUUAUAUGAGAAUAAUCAAUAUGAAGAACAAGAUAAAUUGAUACAUAUUCUAUUUGGGGCACAACCAUGCCUUGUUUAAAUACAAGUAACAUACCACAGCCUUUAAUCUACCAGAAACAACUACUAGGUUUAAACAACAUUGGUAGUUGCCUAAAAUAUUGUCUAUGCUAACACCUUCACUGCAGCUAAGUAAUGGUAGACACUUAGUAUAAAGAACCUGUGGCUGGCUCAGAGAAUUGUUAGCUGGAAGGUUUGGUACUUUCCAGCAAAUUCCAACAUGACAAAGAUGUCCAAGGUCCAAAACUAAUCACAAUGAUCAAGAAACAGAGGCAACAUUUCUUGCAGGUUUAUUCAACUUAAUAACACCAUGCCAAAAAGUGUUCUGUUCUUUAAGAACAAAAUUAAGCAUUCAAACUGGAAUAAAUGAAAAUCACAUUACAGUAUAAACCUGGAUCUCUUGCUAAAAGCAAACUUCUACAUUAUGGCAAAUGCCAUUAGUCAACUCACAAAGUGAUAUUCAGUAGUAUGUCUGAUGUUUUCUUAUCCCAAGAUGUGACUGCAGCUAACUAUCCGCAUCAACAUGUACUUAUUUGUCGUUUUUGCAGAAAUGUUCAGUUUAAAAAGUGACUUUUCUGCUUGAGAAGUACACUCAGCAAAAGAAUCACAAGUUUCAAAGACUGUUCUAUGUGGAAAUUGCUACCUACCCCAUUACCUGGUUGAGUGAAACCAGACUAAGAACUUUUGCCAUGGCAGCUUUUCUACUGGGAGCUGUGCUGCUUAUUGUUCAACCUCAUAUAGUGCCUUCCAGACCAGCUGUACAUCCUAAGGAAGAGGCUCCUUCUCAGUCUGUUCAGAAAGAACUUUUAAAGAAAACAUCUCUCAAAAAUGACUUUAAAGAAAAUAUUCAUUCUAAUGGAUCUCGCCAGCAGCUACCACAAACGAUCAUCAUUGGAGUAAGAAAAGGUGGAACAAGAGCCUUAUUAGAGAUGUUGAGUCUCCAUCCAAAUAUUGCAGCAGCAGAAAGUGAAGUCCAUUUCUUUGACUGGGAAGAUCAUUAUGGAAAUGGACUACAGUGGUAUAUUAAUCAAAUGCCAUUCUCUUAUCCCUGUCAGAUCACAGUGGAAAAAACCCCAGCAUAUUUCACAUCACCCAAAGUGCCUGAAAGAGUUUAUAACAUGAAUGAAUCAAUAAGAUUACUCCUUAUUUUAAGAGAUCCAAGUGAGAGAGUAUUAUCAGAUUACACCCAAGUGUUCUAUAAUCAUGUGCAAAAGCACAAGCUGUAUCCUUCCAUUGAACAAGUUCUGAUUAAAGAUGGUGAACUCAACGUGGACUACAAGGCAAUAAAUAGAAGCUUAUAUUAUAUUCACAUGGAAAACUGGUUGAAGUACUUCCCUCUUGGUCACAUUCACAUUGUAGAUGGGGAUAAACUAAUCAAAGAUCCCUUCCCAGAAAUAGAGAAGGUAGAGAGGUUUUUAAGGUUGUCGCCUCAAAUAAAUGCUUCAAACUUUUAUUUCAAUAAAACUAAAGGCUUUUAUUGUCUAAGAGACAGUGGUAGGGAACGUUGCUUACAUGAAUCAAAAGGAAGAGCACACCCACAAAUAGACUCCCGUUUACUUGAUAAACUGCAUGAGUAUUUUCAUGAACCCAAUAGGAAAUUCUUUGAGCUUGUUGGCAGAACAUUUGACUGGCACUAAUUUGUGGUAAGUUAGUGAUAAGCUUCAGAGCCUAUAUUCCACUGUACAUUUAGAACUUUUAAAAAGGGCAUUUAAGCUAUAAUUUAUUUGUAAAUUCCAUAAAUACUUCUGUACAGUAUUAGAUUCACAAUUGCCAUAUAAACUAGUUAUAUUUUUCUACUUGUUAAAUUUGAAAGCAUUUUGUAUUGUUUUACAUGGUUGUUAACAUUGUGUAUUAUGUCUCUAUAUGAAAGAACUGCGGAAGAUGCUCUCCUGAGAUUGUCUUGUCUUUUUAAUAAAUAAGAAAUUCAAUUCGAGAAAAGUAAUCAGAAUGACCCAAAUCUUCAAAACACUGUACCUAGGCUCUCUUUUUUCGUUGUUAAUGACUAUUUGAGCUUUAUGCUUCUAUUUUCUUUCUUUUUAACAUCUUAGGUUUAAUAUUUUAAAAUAUCUCAAUGGUCAGCAAAGUUUUCCAAGCUGCUUUAUACAAUUAGGUACAUGGUAUGUCGGAUACAUUUUGGGACACAUGCUUGGAACAACAGAAUUUUCUGUACUAAGGGAAGUUAGCUACAGGACUUGCCUUCAUAUUUAAUGUUAUAACAAGUGUCCCUGGAAUUCUUUGGCAGUACAAUGCUUGUUUCAUGGUGGACUUGUAAAGAUUCUAUGGGGACAAACUCAUAAAAGCCAGUUGUCUACAGAAUUACAGUCAUCAUGAGAACUCCCUUUAUUCUCUGAAUGUGCAUGUAUAACAAAAGAGAGUGAAGAGAAGGAUUUAAGCAAUACUGAUACAUUUAAAAGUUUCUCACAAUUGUUCCUAAAUUUUAUAGCAUUUCUGUUUCAGAAUUACUUAAAACCAACAUCUACUCUCAAGCAGACGAGGUGGACCAACUUCUAGAAUCUAAAAACCUUACUUAUUCUAAGACACAUGUACAGUAUGUUGUUCUGGUUGAAUAUAGUAAGUAACAAAAGCAAAUGCAAA